AUGGUGGACACUAUUUUCUCGGAUGUCGCACAACCUGAUCAGGCUCGCAUUGUCGCUCUGAAUGCUCAUAAUUUCUUGAAAAAUGGCGGACAUGCAGUGAUCUCAAUCAAAGCUAACUGCAUUGAUAGUACCGCUGAACCGGAAGCUGUAUUUGCUGGAGAAGUCAAUAAACUGAAAGAGGAGAAGUUCAAGCCUAGGGAACAGGUCACUCUGGAGCCGUACGAAAGGGAUCAUGCUGUUGUUGUAGCUGAGUAUCGAGCAAAAGCUGUUAUGAUUGUUCUGUUAUUUAGUAAAAGUAUGCUGCAGGGUGCAAUGACUAGGCAGGAGCCUAUCCAAGCUGUGCAAACCUUUGGUCGUAAGAAGACGGCUACAGCGAUUGCUCAUUGCAAGAAAGGUCGAGGUCUGAUUAAGGUCAACGGUCGACCGCUCGAACAUCUGGAGCCUCAGAUUCUUCGCAUGAAGCUGCAGCUUCAAGUUGACUUGUUCUUGGCGUGA